UUGGACGGAGACUUUGCGGGAGGCUGCCGCGCGACAAAUGUAUAAAGCGCGGCAGUCGGGCGGUCCAACUGGGAUAGCAACACGGCAUUUCCACCAUCAUCCAGACCUGGUUUUUUUUUAUCUGUUUCUCUCUCGAUACUCAAUUUAAUUCCGACAUGGUGGACAAGCAACAACUCACGGUGGCAUUCUUCGGGGCGACGGGCGGGUGUGUGAAAGCAUGCCUCGUGCUGGCCCUCCAGGCGGGCUACCACUGCACCGCGUUGGCUCGCACGCCUUCCAAACUCCAGGACCUACUCCUAAAGAACAAGGUCUCCGAGUCCACCAUCGUCAACUACCUCACCAUCACGGAGGGCAAUGUCACCGACCUCAACGCCGUCCAGCAGACCCUAAACGCCAAUGGCCGCCCCGUGGACCUGAUCAUCUCCGGCAUUGGGGGCAAGCCGCGCUUCGACCGGGGCUUCAAACCCACUCUCGACAAUCCGACCGUCUGCCAGGAUGCAACCCGGACCAUCCUGGCCGCCGCCCAGUCGUGUCCCCGCAAGCCCCGGCUCGUGGUCAUCAGCACCACCGGCCUGAGCAACAAGCGCGACGUGCCCGUGAUGAUGAUGCCAUUGUACCACUGGCUGCUGAAGGUGCCCCACGAGGAUAAGCAGGUGAUGGAGAAUCAGAUUGUGGCUGAAGUGCAGAAGCCGGUGGCCGAGCGGGCGAUUGACAACUAUCUGAUCAUCCGGCCCUCCUUCUUGGUGGACGGCGACGGCGACGGUCUCGCCAAGCUCAAGAUCGGCAGCGACACGAAACCAGCCAUCGGCUAUGCCAUCUGUCGCUGUGACGUGGGUCUGUGGAUCUUUGAGCAUGCGAUUCGGAAGGCGUGGGAAUCGGACAGUCCUUAUUGGGGGCAGAUGGUGAGUCUCACGGCCUGAACCGAUGGGCCAGAUCCGGUGUUGUAGGGUUGGAAAGUGCGG